CGGGUAUUUCAGUCCGAUUUCGCUCAACGACAAUCAUGCUGUAUAGAGGGAUAUUUUUUCUAGCAGUCUCCGUCACGAUGGCUUCCGCUCAAACGGACUGGCAAAGUAUGUUGCCUGAUAUAAUCAAGAACCUACUCAACUAUAUACCCGGAAUGACCCGAAGCACCGACCUCUCUUACGAAAUAGACCCUCGGCAGGCCAACAUAGACGAGUACCCAGGCGAAGGGAUGAUGCGAUCUAACGACGAUUACCGCCGUAUGAGACAGAGCGAUUUGAACGGAGAGGACGCGGCCAAACGGGCGGAGGAUUUGAGCGAGGCGGCGCGCGAACGCUUCGACAGAAUGAAGGAGGAGCUGGAAGAGCUGGCCAGGAAGCGCGAAGAGGACUUGGAAGCGGCCAAAAGGCACAAUGUGUUGACAGUACCUAUACAGAAACGACUGGAAGAGCUGGCCAGGAAGCGCGAAGAGGACUUGGAGGCCAGAAAGCAAAAUGUGUUGAUAGUACCUAUACAGAAACGACUGGAAGAGCUGGCCAGGAAGCGCGAAGAGGACUUGGAAGCGGCCAAAAGGCACAAUGUGUUGACAGUACCAAUAAAUAAACGACUGGAAGAGCUGGCCAGGAAGCGCGAAGAGGACUUGGAAGCGGCCAAAAGGCACAAUAUGUUGACAGUACCUGUACCGAAACGGUCCGCUGCACUCAGGAGGAUGAGAGAUGAUGUGAUGAUCCAAGAGCCCUAUUUCGAUCCCUUCAAAAGAAAUGACGAUUUGGAAGAGGAAAUGAGAUGAGCCAUUCUCAUGAGAUUUUGUUUCAUCUACUUGUUUCUGCUUCGAUAUAAUAAAUUUAAUUUCAGUUAUGU